AUGAGUGACGGAACAGCGACCGAGCAUGUGCACCGUGUCCUCAGCCAGGGCCACCUUGAUACCCAAGACGCCAAGGUGGAUUCCAACCAGCCCAUCGUGGCAUCUUCCGGUGCCCUGCAACACAUCAUCACCAACUACCUCAACGGCACUCUCACGAAUCUCUCCGCCGCCCUUCAAGAGUCGAGCGAGUACAUCUCGGGGACCCUGGGCGUCCCGCCCACAUUUGUCUACAGCGGCCUCGCUGCCCUUGUGGCCCUACCCAUCACCAUGUCGCGAUACGGAUGGUCGCUCAACCGCGAGCAGAGCUUCGGCGCCAUGUCGGGCGGCGUUCCAGAUGUCACAAACGAAGACUUUAGCUACAUCACCGCCCAGGACAUUGACGACCCUCGAGUCGAAUACACCGACACCCGCUACUAUCCUCCUCGACCGCGCUCCAGAGGACCUUCAGAGCCCGAAGACGACAUCCUGCUGAUUAAGAACAGAGGCGUGACUUAUCCGGCUCACUUUCCUGCCUACUCGAUCGGUGAUGGCAAGCUGUUCGUCAAAGAUGUGCGGGACCGUAUUGGCCUCCUUAUGGAUCUAUCGUCGCGCACAACACGCCGAGUCAAACUGCUCUACAAGGGCAAGCAGCUCAAGGAGUCCAUGUACCCCGUCCGAGAAUAUGGAGUCAAGAACAAGAGCGAACUCAUGGCCAUCAUCCCCGACGCCGAGGACGACAACAGCGGCCGAUCGGAUGACGAAAUGAUUAUUGUGGAUGAGCCGCGAACCGAGAGCAAAUCCUCAAAGUCAAAGAGCAAGAAGAAGAAGAGCAAGAAGAGGUCUGACAAGAGCGAGGCCACGUCCCCAACCAGCCCCGUUGACAGCGGCUCAAACGCCGACGCGACAAACGGUGUCCCGCCCGAGGUGAUCAGUGCUGCUCUGAAGAAGCUGGGCGACAUCUCUGAUGACUUCCAUUCCAACUGGCUGCCACUGUGCUUGAACUAUAUCGACUCGCCCCCCAAGGAUGCCAAGAAGCGAGAAGAGGAGCACAGGAAGCUGUCUGAAUCCGUCAUGCAGCAAAUCAUCUUAAAGCUCGACGGCGUAGAGACCGAGGGCGUGGAUGAGAUUCGACAGAAACGAAAGGACCUUGUCCGACGAGUCCAAGAGGUACUCAAGCAGCUGGAUACCGCCAAGGCAAAAUGA